AUGAUCGCUAUACUACUCAUUAUUUCUUGUACCCUAGUAUCCAGCCACGCGCAGUACAGCAAUGUGAGGUAUCAACCGGAAAACACCCAAGACUCCUACGCUGACAAGAAAUAUUACGACCAGCAGCAGGACUUAUCAAACUACUACAGAUUACCAGAAGUCGAUGCCCCUCAGACCUUUGGAAUACCAGCCGACAGCUAUGAAGUACCAUCGUAUAUCUACACAGGAACAUUUAAUCCAGAAGCACAACAGAAGAAUAAUGAUGACACUCCAGAAGGCAAUAAGAAAGACAGAAAAGACGAUAUAGCAAAUAACAUAGAAAUAGAAAAAGUGGAAGGAGCAUACUACGUUUUGCUACCGAGUUCUCAGCUCCAGAGAGUUCAGUUUAUGACAGAGAAUGACAGGCAGAACAUGGCUUACACCGCCAGACUGAGCUAUAGGAGUGAAAGUGCGCCAAUAUUUGUCUACAUGCCGCAGCAGUACCAACCAACAGCAGCUUAAGUGGACUUCAAACAACAU